AUGGCAAGGAACGGAUCCAGCACCCCUGUCUACCUAGUCUUCGAUGACGCCUCCGAUAAAUUCUCAUUUGAGCCACAGGGUGCUUGGUCACACGAGGACCCUGUAGCAGAGCAAGAACGUUAUCGUGGCUACGGUGAUGGUAUCCGCCACACCCAUCCAGGGUUGCGGGAGGCAAACCAAUCAGCCACUGUGACGCUCGAUUCUCCUCAAAUCGCAGAAAACAGGGCCAUUCGACUCUUCGGCCGCGUUUAUGGGCAAACGACAAACCAGAAUGCCACUCAGGACCUAAUCAUACAGUACCGACUACUAGAUGACGAGCCGGCAACGAACCAAGUUACCUUUUCACCGAACGCGAAUAUAUCCAUCGAUUAUGGUGUUGCUGUUGCAGACGAGAAGGUGAACCUCGAAGGAAGUCGGAUAAUUGUAGACGACUUUGAUUUCGACGAAAUCGCGUUUGGUCCACAAUCUACACGGAAGCCGAAACGACCACUGUGGAGGGGUUGGUGGAAGGAGAGGAAACUGUGGCACGGCAAGGGUAUCGCAUCCCGUUCAACUACACUGCACACCUUUCAACAGGUCUGGGCAGUGGGUUCCGAUUCCGAUUCUAUGGACGUUCCGUUGAUUUCUAUGGUUGCUACAUCCUACGGAACACCAGCAGCACGAUAG